GCUGUGAAGUAGUUCGAGACAGGACAUCAUUUUUUGCAGUUGUGGGUGAAAUUAAAAAUUUCGGUGUUCAGAAUCAGUAUCCAUACAAGUAGAUUUGUUGAGUCAUAAGCAAUGUAUCUCCCUGCAUUUAUCGUAGAUCGUAUUCCAGAUCUAUAUCUGGACUUCGAAGGGCAAAGACUAGCUGAGCAGCUUUAUCAGUGGAUAAUAGUAUCUUUCUCUAUUGUUGGGUUUCUAUGGGGCUUCUACUGUCAGCAGUUUAGCCAGACACUGUACGUGUUGGCUGCCGGUAUUAUCCUGUCAUGUUUGCUUGUUCUUCCACCAUGGCCCAUGUUCCGCCGUAACCCCGUCCAGUGGGCGCCGUCUCCGCUAGAUGUUGAUUCACGACCGAGCGGCAAGCGGCGUGGAAAGCGGUGACACCUUUUCCUGCCCACACGUCCCGCCUGCCCAGCCCGCUCUUUAUUUGGAAAUUCUCAAUGCUCGACUUGACGGUUGCUACUUGUUUUAACGCCUUCAUUUGCUUCUACUCUGUGAACUGUCAGGUGUGUUGGAGCACUGUGUUUUAAAACUGAAUGAUCUCCAUAUUCCAUACUCCACAUACUCUGAUCAAUACAUGCUCAUCAAUCGA